AUGCAAACUGUUCAAAAUCGACAGAAAAGCUAUGUAGACCAAAGAAGGAGAAGGUUGGAAUUUACUAUGGGAGAUCAAGUAAUUUUGAAGAUAGCACCGAUGAAAGGAGUGAUGCGGUUUGCAAAGAAAGGAAAACUAAGCCAAGAUAUAUUGGUCCGUUUAUUAUUAGUGAGAGAAUUGGAAAUGUCUCCUACAAACUUGACCUUCCUUCAUCAAUGUCUCAAGUACACAAUGUGUUUUCAUGUGUCCAUGCUAAGAAAGUACAUUGGAAAUCCUUCUCAUGUAUUGAAGAAUGAACCGAUGGAGAUAAAACUAGAUUUGACUUACGAAGAAAAACCUAUAGAGAUCCUUCAACGAGAGAUAAAGUGA